AUGGCGCCGAGAAGGCCCAGCGAAGAAGAAUUGGGAAGAAAAUGGGAUCGGUGCUUUGUGGACACGACAUUUAAAACUGUUGGCGGAGCUGUUUUUGGCAGCAUAUUUUCACUUGUGUUUUUCAAAAGAGCUGCCUGGCCUGUGACAUUAGGGAUUGGCAUAGGUCUAGGUGCUGGAUAUUCAAACUGUCGACACCAGUUCAACUGGCAUGGUCCUCAUGGGCCACCAUUUCGGAGGCCUCCUUGGGGUAGGCCUUUCUGGGCUGGGCAUGGUAAAGAUGGUGAAACACAGCCUACAAAACCGUUAGACUCGACCCCUGUGCAACCAGCUGAAAAUCAAGAACUAAAGAAAGGAGACUAACCAAGCAAAUAUUAACGAGUGCAAAAAAUUCCAUGGGAUGGAAAAUGUGCAAUAAAGACUUGAAGAACUGAUAAAGAUCAUACAACAAAGCAAAACUAAAGGAGUAUCAAGAAAUUAUCAUCACCUGAAACAGUCUUUUCUCUUUCACUCCAAAGCUCAAAAUUUUAAUUCUUUGUACUGAUUGCUACACAAGACUAUGAAAGUUAAUUGAGAAUUUACAGGUUAGUCAAGACAAUAUUCCUUAGUUGAUUCUCGUUCAGUUUUCAUAACCUUCCCGUUUAUCAAUGUAUCAAAAUUGUUAGUCACUUCAAGUUACUCCAUCCACGGUUGAUAAACUUGAUACAUCAGUAGUACUCUGACUGGUAUCGUUUGUUGAUUUGAUCUGUAUCUUGAACAUCUAUGUGCUUGUAGGUUUGUUUCUUGCUUGAAAUACAUAUAUGGAUGUAUGUUGGCUUACAUGGAAGGUGAACACAAGAGAAAAGAAAGGGUUGGAUAGGUUUUAGUUUUUGAAGUAAAUGGACACUCAAGAGCAAUGUUUGUCUUAAAAUAAAUAGUGUUAGAUGAUCAGAUUCCAA